CUGUGUACGUGUUAAUUUGACAGAAGUUUGUUGACAUUUGAUAUUUGUGGAUAAAGUGGCGAAAAAUUAAAUAAAAUUUCCUUUUAAAAUAAUAUAAUGAUCUAUAAAAACUCGUAUAGAAGAUAGUAAUUUCAUACCACUUUUUAUAAUCAUGGUUUUAUCCAGCUUUAUUGUGAUAUCUCUUUUGGUGUUUAUCCUCUCUACUAGCUUUGCCAGAAUUCACAAACUUGAAAUAUCGAACGAUGCACGAAGAUACAUCGAUCUCAGUACUUUCGGCUUUUACCAAGGAGGUACCCUAGAAGUUACGCUUACAAACUUUUAUGCCAUACCAGACAAUGACUCAUCUUUGUUUGGAUUUAUCUUAUACCGCACAGUUAACGACAAAACAAACCCUUACAUGAACGCCCAUCAAGAUUCCUGCAUUCUACAGGAACGAAUGACCAAUGAGACAAACAUUGUUUAUUUUCUGAUGGAUCUCAAAAAAAGGCAGCUUAAAGUUGAAUGUACUGAUAAAACAAUCUCCACAAUUCGCGUAUACAACAGUAAAACCGCUAAAUCUACCACAGUAGCAUCCUGCAAAGACUUUUAUCUGGAUAUGAGUGCAGUUACAACGAACGAUCACACCUAUUAUAAUUCUUCAUUUGUUAUUGAAGUGGAAUCAAUAAUGGCAGAGGGAUUAUACAAUUUGUUCUUUCACAGUUGUCCCAAGUCUGAUUUAGAAACCUUGGUCAAUUUCGAAAUGGAAAUAAUCGAACGAAAUACAGAAAAUUAUUUAUCCGCUGGCGAAAUACCUUUACCAGCCUUGUAUUGCAUGAUGGCCAUUCUAUUCUUCCUUUCUGGUAUGUUCUGGGUGUUCCUCCUCAAACAAUCCAAGCAUCCAGUGUUUAAAAUCCACUACAUGAUGGCGGUUUUGGUAUUUUUGAAAGCCCUAUCCCUGGCUUUCCAUGGAGUAAACUACCAUUACAUUGAGAGACUUGGAUUUCAUUUAACCACAUGGGCUAUACUGUUUUAUAUAGCGCAUUUGCUUAAAGGAGCCCUGCUAUUUGUGGUUUUGGUGCUGGUCGGUACAGGGUGGACUUUUAUUAAACACGUUUUAACACCUAAGGACAAGAAGUUGUUUAUGGUGGUGAUUCCACUGCAAGUGUUGGCGAAUAUCGCGCAGAUCAUUUUGGAGGAGAGCGAGGAGGGGGAUAGGGAGUAUCUGACGUGGAGAAACGUGGUGAUAUUGGUGGAUUUGUUGUGCUGCGGCUGUAUACUGUUCCCGGUCGUGUGGUCCAUAAGACACUUACAAGAAGCUUCGGAAACCGACGGCAAAGCCGCCAUAAAUCUGCGAAAAUUGAAACUGUUCCGGCACUUCUACAUGAUGGUGGUAUGCUAUAUCUACUCCACCCGCAUCAUAGUGUACCUGUUGAAAGUGAUCGUGCCUUUCCAGUACAGCUGGCUGCACGAAAUGUUCAGGGAGAUGGCCACGUACGUGUUCUUCGUGCUGACCGCCUACAAAUUUAGGCCCGCGUCGCACAACCCUUAUUUCGCCCUGUCCGACGAUGAAGAUGAUGUCGACGAAGUUUUGACAGAAUCCGGAGCGACUGAAGGUUUAAAACGAGUGAAUUCGCGUCACGUCAAGGUACCACUCCAUCAGACCAUCAUGGAAGUAACGGAGGAGGAAAAAGAUGCUUUAUUAGGGCAGAGCGAAAGUAGUCACGAGUACGAUUAGUAAUACUUAAGCCCAACUAGUGUUACUCUAUUUAUUUGCUGUGAUAGGUUUUCCAGGAUUUCCUCGUUUUGAAGAAGAAACAAAAGUUGAAAGUUUAAAGUUAUUAUUUUAACGGAAUAUAAAAGAACACUUUGCACUAACAUAUGUCUAUUCCAAAAGUUGUAUGCAUGUGUAUGUAAAAAAAUUAAUACCUACCUAUUUCGUAUAAUGUUAAGGCUGACUUUAAUGAAAGUAAAAAGUUUUGAAGGA